ACAGUUCAGAGCUAGUGAAUACAUAUUCUAUUGGCCCUCUAGCCCCGCCCACCUUUAUUGCUUUCCAUCAUGGCGGACUUUCAGCUCCAUGCCUAGAGAUACUCACUGUGUUCCAAUCAUUUGCAUUGGAAUCUUGAUUGCUGGCUUAUACGUAACAGCUUUGGCGUUACAUCAUUGGCUAUCAGGAGUCAGGUGACUACUGCAGACCCGGAAAUGAACACCUCUCACUUCCGGUUCUGAGAAAAUGAAAACACUAGUUGCAAUGCCGUCAAGACGACGUGUAACAGCUUUUUAAUCACCGCCUUUGUCUUUAUUUCUUAGUGGGCCAUGUUCACAACAAGCUGGAAUAAUGCUGUUUUCCUCCUGGUUGUGUUCUGGUGUGUACCGACAUUUGUGUCAGCUUGUAGACAAGAAGCGGAGACUCCCGACUGGCGAAUGACUCUUAAAACAAUUCGUAAUGGCAUCCAUAAGAUCGACACUUAUCUUAAUGCGGCGCUCGACUUGUUUGGAGGCGACGACGGCUUGUGUCAUUACCGGUGUAGUGACGGAUACAAACCGGCGCCCCGUCCCGGAUACAAACCGCCGCCACCCAAUGGAUGUGGAACACCACUGUUUGGAUUCCAGUUUCAGUUCGACGUGGGCAUCCCAUCCAUGACCAAGUGCUGCAACCAGCACGACCGUUGCUAUGACACCUGCGGCCGAGACAAGCAUGAUUGUGACGAGCAGUUCCAGGAGUGCCUGGAGACUAUCUGCAGGAACGUGCAAAGGACUCUGGGAUUGGCCCAAAGUGUCCAAGCGUGCGAGUCAGCUGUGACUCUGCUGUUUGACGCCGUGAUGCAUUUAGGAUGCAAGCCUUACCUGGACAGCCAGCGGGACUCUUGCAUAUGUCAGUACGAAGUGAAGAAUGAACUGUGACGAUGCACCAGGAGCCAAACAAACAUAAGUAGCAUGGACAGGAUUGGGACAAAUUCCGGGAAGUAAAAUGCUGUCCUUUCUCAGGGAUACUAAAGCUGCUGCUGUUUUGUUUUUUUAAACGACGCAGGACUCUAAAUACUGUUAGCUUUGAUUGAUGACCUGUAAAUAAUUUGUUAUGCAUUUAAUUAUUUAUGGUGGUCUUUGCACUGUUAUAGACUGAUCCAACUGGUGGUUAAACUGCAAAUUUACUGUAUUUUAAACCCCCUCAUAGGGAAUUGAUAGAAAUAAAGUAUAAUAUGAUAUGUAACUCCAGUAAUGACUAAAUUGCACUAAAUUGGAAGUAACCAAAUAUGUUUCCUUGC